AUGCCAAAGAUACCUACCGAAAGGUCACCUUCCAUCUCCAGCGCACGUAGAGAGUCCAUGUCUACACCUCUAUCGAUAACAUGCAUUGUUUGCCGACAGAAAAAAAUCAAAUGCGAUAGCCAUAAGCCAACGUGUCUCAACUGUAGCAAGGAUCCGUCUGCGUGUCAUUAUCCGCCGAAGCUGAAGCCAGGAUUGAGACCAGGUACAGGAUUGGAGAUGAUAAAGCGUGUUGAGAUUCUGGAGGAUCGCAUAGAAACAUACGAAGCACGACUAGCAGAGCAAGAAGCACGUCUUGCACAGAUACAAAGAUCCGGUCCCUCUUUCUCGUAUGACUCUGCACAAACGCCGUUUCAUGAUCCCUUCCUGCAAUCGACUCAGUCAGAUAUCUUAAACUCUUUGGUCCAGGGAACUGGAUCCACCACCCAGAACAAUUUGAGUUCUUUACCCACCAAUAUAUCUAAUCCUUCUCUACAUUCCGUUCCGAUGCCUACCGACCCAAGUCCAUCUAUUCCCUUUGACCCAACUACGAUCAACAUAUCCGCAUCACCAGGACUGAAUAUAGCCUCACCCUCCUCAUUUCUCGACCCUCACAUACUACCCGCAGAUGACAUCGUUCGUGACCUCUUAAGCUUGUAUUUUAUUCACAUUCACCCUUGGGCUCCUAUCUUAUCUCCUACUAUGCCCGAGUUCAAGCCUCCAUGGACCAUAGUACACCAUGCCAUUGUGGUAGUAACUCUGCGACUGUCAAAUGAUCCUCGACUCCUCGGUACAAAAGAUCUUGUCAAGAAGAGAGCGAAGCAGCACGUCUUGACUCAUGCUGUGGAAUCUACAUCAAUAUCCUCAGUCCAAGCCCUUGCCCUACUGGCUCUCGACUUGAUUGGAUCAGAGCAAGGUCCGAGCAGCUGGGGCAUAUUGGCACUUCUCACUAGAUCUGCUGUUCAUCUUGGUUUAGCAAAAGAGGAGGAAACCUCCUCAUGGGCGGGACCCGCACCAGUACCUGGUCUGAGUAGAACGAGCAUUAUACCUCCAUCCACCAGCUGGCACGAAGACGAAUCAAGACGGCGGCUUUUCUGGUUGAUCUUUUGUUUGGAUAGAUACGCGUGUGUAGCGACUGGAUGGGAUUUUGCCUUGCCUGACUUUGAGAUCAAACGGCGUCUGCCUUGUUCCGAUGCGAUGUGGGCUCGAGCUGAAUGGCAUCAGAGCCCCUCUUUCCGUUCAAUUUUCCAGCGAGAAAGUAUCUAUUUUGAUCUGGAUGAUGUUAGCCCUAUGGCGUAUCUCGUUGAGGCGCUGGAUUAUCUAGGCCGGGCACAUACAUUGCAGACUCAAAUGCUUGAGCCCGGAGAUUCUCGUGGGAUGGAGGAGAGAAAGGAGAAAGUUACGGGGCUCACAAAUACGACUAAAAGGUGGUUUGCAAAUGCUCCUUUAGACAGGAUUGAUCAACCUGGGAUGAGAUUAAUGAUUCAAGCAGCGUAUCAUGCGUCAAUGGCUGGCCUGGCGAAUGGCGCUCGACAUAUAGGCUGGAGUACAGCUUCGACUCCGGUCUUCAUCUGGGGAUGUUGGGUUGCCGCACGGGUUCUAUUUGUCCAUGCCUUCUUGAAUGGCCAAACACAGCCGGACGACGAUUUCAACACUAUUGUGGCAACGCUGAAAGAGCAAGCUCAAUUUUGGAGUCUCGCAAAUCAAUAUGUGAAAUUACUAGAACGAGCUAAACGUAAAUGGCUCAAUUCGCUCUCCGGUCCCACCAAUUCAAGCAGUCUCCCCGACGCAAUUCAUGCGCUUCUUGAUUUCAAAAGAACCGCUUAUUCUGCAGUAACGACUAACAUCCAGGAAACACCUUUUGCUACUCCCCCAGAGCCUCAUUUGGCUCAUCUACCCGCAUGGGCGGUACAACCUGGUCUGGGAGAUUUGUACUCUUGGUUCGAUCUACCAGCUGGUCUCUUCCAGGCAGAUUCGAUGUGA